AGCAUUAAAUCCAUGUGAAAACAGUUAAAAAGGUGUUUAACUCCGAGGGGAAACUGUAGUGAACAUGUUUAGACAGGAGGAGCUUCUGCGCUUUAAUGGAUAUGCGUAAAGACGCUAAACUAACAGUGUUGGAAAACCGUGAAACCUUCAUCAUGGCUCUUAUCUGAAAAUGUUCAUUAACUUCUUCUCUGACUCUGAUGUUCAGGACGACGGGAAAAUGUUUUGUCUGAGAAACGCUUACUAUGGACUAUAAAAAUGGUGACCAUUUUAGCAGGAAAGUGGAUUCUCCGGUCUGUUCUCCUCCUAUUGUGCUGUUUACUGUGUGAAGCUGGAGACGAGACGGUCACACUGCAGGAAGUGGAAGGAACCACUAUAACUCUCCAUACUGGAAUAACUGGGAUUCAGAGUGAUGCUCAGAUUAUGUGGAUUUAUGGACCUGAGAAAGCAAAGGAAAAGAUAUUGAACAGUCAGGUGUUUAAAGGAGAAAAUGUUACAGACAUCAGUGAGAGAUUUAAAGAGCGACUGCAGCUGGACAGAAUCAGUGGAGCUUUAACCAUCAGGAACAUCAGCAGAACUGAUUCUGGAGUUUAUUUAUUACAUGUCAUCACUGACCAUCUCUCAUCUAGGACUUUCAAUGUCAGUGUUUAUGCUCCAGUAUCAACUCCAGUAAUAAUAAAUCAAAGAGCGAAGCAAAGUGUGAUUUCCACAGAGUCGUGUUUCCUCCUGUGUUCUGUGGAGAAUGGAGAAGAUGUGAAGUUAUCCUGGUACAGAAAGAAUGAGAAAAUCUCCAUCACCAAUAACACAGAUGUCAGUGUUCACCUCAAUCUCCCACUUCAAAUACAACACAACGACACUAACACUUACAUCUGUGUGUCUGCAAACUCUGUCAGCAAUAAAACAACUUCUCUCAACAUCACACAGCAUUGUGAAGUCUCAGUUGAUUGUCCCCCUUUACUGCUUCCUGCUCUGAUAUCUGCUGGACUUUUUGUGUUAUUAAUUAUAAUAUUAAUAAUUUGGGGGAUUCUGCUGAAAAAGAAAAAAACACAAGAAAUUCCUGAUGUACUGACUUACGCUGAUGUGAAUAUUAAAGCUCACAGUGCAGAGAGAGAUAAAGAGGAAGAAAACUCCACAGUAACGGAUGUUGAAGUAGAGAGAGACCCUGUGGUGUAUUCAGACGUGAGGAGAUCCAAAUAAUUCAACACAUCACUAUGUCCUUCUUAUUAUAUCAUUUCUUUUACAUACUUCUGUUCACAAAUCUCCACAGUUUGUGUUUCAUGUUCCACAUUUUCAGUGUGUACAUUCUGUACAAUACCAUUAAAGCGUGAGCUCGGUUGUGUUUUCC